GCUACACCAAAAACAUUUUGCUGAAUGCUAAUAGACGCAGUUUGUUAGCGGUAAGAAAAAAGAAAACAACAACACAUACAUUCGACCUACUGCAAUCGCUUAGGAAUCAAUGGCAGCCAUUGUUGAAAGACUGGCAAGAUAUGCCAUCCCAAUAGGUCUUGGAUUUGCUGCAUUAAACGCCUCUCUUUACGAUGUUCCUGGAGGAAAACGAGCCGUCCUAUUUGAUCGUUUAUCAGGUGUUAAGCAACAGGUUGUCCAAGAAGGAACUCAUUUCUUGAUUCCCUGGUUGCAGAAGGCCAUCAUUUACGACGUGCGGACACGGCCACGAAACAUUGCUACUACUACCGGAAGCAAAGAUUUACAAAUGGUCUCAUUAACACUUAGAGUGCUUCAUCGACCGGACAUCGGAAUGUUGCCCCAGAUCUAUCAGUCCUUGGGUCUUGACUACGAUGAACGUGUGGUACCUUCCAUUGGUAACGAAGUUCUUAAAGCUGUGGUUGCUCAAUUUGAUGCAGCUGAGCUGAUUACACAGCGAGAAGUUGUCUCUGCUCGUAUUCGUCAAGAGCUUGUAAAACGUGCAAGUGAAUUUGGUAUUCGUUUGGAAGAUGUGUCUAUCACUCACAUGACGUUUGGUAAAGAUUUUACAAAAGCUGUCGAGCGCAAACAGAUUGCACAGCAAGAGGCCGAACGCGCAAGAUUUCUCGUGGAGAAGGCCGAGCAGGAACGCCAAGCAAGUGUAAUUCGUGCCGAGGGUGAUGCCGAGGCUGCUGACAUUGUCUCCAAGUCCCUUGACAAGGCCGGUAACGGUUUGAUCCAAAUCAGAAAACUGGAGACGAGUCGAGAAAUUGCAGCAGCCUUGGCAGCAAAGGGUGGUCAAGUCACAUACCUUCCUCCCACGAACACGAAAACAAACAGCAACAACAACAUUCUUCUCAGCUUGAAUCCCUAAUGCAGGUAAAGCAUAGUCUGUUUCCGAAGACAGCGGACAAGUGUACGACUAUGAUGACUCAAGUAAAGACAUAUGACCGGUAGCACAAAUAACGUUCUGAUUCUACUUGUUAGUGGUAAAAUCAUUGUAUAUGUUUCAAAAAGAGGGAAAGAUUCGCGUAAUGUAAGGGAGGUG